AUGGAGCCCGAGGAUGAAGGAAAUGAGGGCCAGGACGUGGCAGAAGACGCCAUAUCUAAUGCGCGCCGCCCCGAAAAACGCAUCAAGGCCCCCAUAGCAUGCGUACCGUGCCGAAUGACGAAAACCAGAUGUGUUGUGGCGCGAGGUCUUGAUUCUUGUGAAGCCUGUCUCAGGAAAUCUCGAGCGUGCAUCCGACCUGGACCAGCAAAACCGCGUGCGAAAUCUUCGCAGAAGAUCAGCGAGCUCGAGAGCAAGAUUGCGUCGCUUUCACGCGCCUUAUCCACGAGAUCAUAUCAGGACCGACCGGGAGAAUCCAGUGUUUCUGGCACACCAACACAGUCGGUGUCGUCUGAAAGAUCAAGAGAUGUUUCAGUUUCAUUCGCCCGCCCAACGCUGGAAAACUUCCAAGCAUCUCAAUCGAGGCACUGUUCCGCUCAAGUCGAUCUUGACGUUGUCGGCCGAGGCCUUCUCGAUGUGCCAACGGCAGAGGUUCUUUUCGGCCAUUGGAACACUUCAAUGCGCCCAAUCUUGCCAAUCGUGUCACCCUCAGAGAACAAUUUGCGCGAGUGCAGGAAAGCUAAACCGAUGCUGUUCCUUGCCAUUCUGAGCGUUGCAAGCGCCUCGAUCUUGCCCUCUUUCCAACCACCACUUGUCAAAGAACUGAAACACCAGCUGGCCAGGCAAAUCCUUGAACAAGGUAGACGAAGUAUCGACCUCAUCCAAGCGUGCCUUUUGUACUCUCAGUAUUAUGCCCAUGACCCGGACUCACCACAUGCCUUGCCAACUCAAUUUGUCUCUGCAGCCAUUACUAUGUUGUGUGAUCUUGGUAUGAUGGAAAAGAUUGCCCGAGGGCCGGACUUUAACAGGCAUGAGUCAAGGGAAGUCGCUCGAGCAUACUUGGCGUGCUGGUAUGCCGCAUCAAGCAAUGCCACAUUGUUCCGACAGCAAACUCUCAUGCCUCCAUCAUCGAAUCUUGAAGCUUGCAUCGACGUUUUGUCGACUGCAAAUUCUAUGCCGCGCUCAGAUGCCCUACUCUGCAGCCUCGUGCGACUACAAGUUAUCCUAGAUAAUGUGUCAAACACUUUCGACGCAGGGGACAAGAAAGCAGUUGGUGAAUUUGACAGUGCGACAGUCCAAUACCAGCUGAGAACGUUCCAAGACCGCUUAGGAAGCUGGAACACAUCAGCGUCAAACUUCGUCGACCAGCGCUUGAAGAUAUGUUCGGCGGAGUUUGCAAGUAUAUGUAUCCACCAAAUCGCCUUGCGAUGCUAUCUCCAGAGACUGUUUGCGAGCAAUGAACCCGGGAAUUUCCAUGCGACCGAUAUAGUGCUAAGCUCCCAGCAUCUUAGCUCAAUCUGCUCUUGUCUGGACUCGAGUCAAGCAUUACUUGACGCUUACCUAUCUCUCGAGACUCGGCUGGCUCGGUCGUUGCCCAAUCACUAUCUCAUGUGGACUUUAUAUGCAGCGGUAGCUUUGAUCAAGCUUACGCCGUUCAGAGAGGCAACGAGAGCCAGGACCCCGGCCACCCAUCCCGAAGAAGCAUCGGCCAUACCACAUCUGGACGCGAUGCUGAGCAAGAUCUCUGAAAUUACACAAGACGGAUACCUUCCGCAGGCGAAGACCUGGGGCAUGGCGUUCGCCAAGCUCAGGUUGUGGUAUUUGCACAAGAAGCAGGUGUGCAUCAAUACCAAUGGACGAUGUGACAGCGGAAGCGAGGGCCCCGUCUACAGUGUCUUUGGCGACUGGUCUGAGCAAUCGCCGACUGAGAUCCAGGCUGCGUCCUACUUGGCAUCGGCACCUACCCCAGCAUCGGCCUUGAGAGGGGCAGGCAACGCAAAUCCUGAACCAUCGAACAGGCAAGCAACGUCGAGGGGCCAGCUUGAACCUCCUACCGCGGUCGCAUUGCCCGGUAAUGUCAUGCAGUCACCAUCAACACCUGACAGACAACCAAGACAGGUCUUUGAUGCCACAGUUUCGGCGGAAGCGGCCUAUGACCCUUUCACAUAUGCAGCGACUAAUUGGGAUGACCUGCUCUUGGAUGCUAACUCGCUCCGGGAGUUUGAUUCUCUCAUGAUGGACGACUCCGAUUCUUGGUUGAAGAUGUUGAUGUAAAUCCGUGCCAUUGACCCGAUGAAGAGCUGGAUCAAUUCAAAAUCUCGUUGAUUUGCUGUGCAACUACCACCGGUGAUUGCAAUGAUGCAAUCCUUCUGAAGUCUGACCCCCGUGUACCAAUUCGGGAGGUGGUUUCGCCACCGAGGUUGAUGAUGAGUGGUGUUUUGAUGUAUAUGGGCAACAUUCGUAUCCAUGUUCUCAUAUCGGAGGCCUAGCUGCCAAUACUGAGCCGUGUUGAAAAGAGCCAAUAAGAACUAAACAGCGGCUGAGAUUCCGAAGCGGAGAAGGAAACGAAAGGGUUAAAUAAUAUAGCAUCUAGUCUACCCUACCACGUAAAAGCGA